UCAAUUCCUUCUUCUUCUUUGCAACCAAAAAAACAACCUUUUUACUCUCGAACACAAAAAAAAAAAAAACCAAACCCUCGUACCUUGUCGCCGGAAGAAACCUUAAUUCACACAUAAUCUCUUCUGUGUUUCAUUUCAUGUCUUUUUUCUUCAACUUGUUCCAAAUAGAUAGAUAUAACAUAUAGAUAUAGUUAAAGAGAAAGAAUUUGAAAAAAGUUAGCAUUUUCAGAGAGAGAGAGAGAUAUGUACGUUGUACCACCACCUCAGAGAUCUGAUCCAGCUUCAGGAUCUGAUGAUUUGCUUGUUUAUCAAGCUUGGAAGGGUUCUAAUAAAUUUUUUCUUCAGGGAAGGUUCAUAUUUGGACCGGAUGCAAGAUCAUUGGGCUUGACAAUUUUUCUUAUUGUUGCUCCAGUUAUAGUGUUCUGUGUCUAUGUUGCCAGAAAAUUUUUCGUUGAUUAUCCUCAUCACUGGGGGGUAUCCAUAAUGGCAGUUGCUAUUAUCUUCACAAUUUAUGUCAUAGGUCUUCUCUUUUCAACAUCUGCACGUGACCCUGGCAUAAUCCCGCGUAAUGCACAUCCGCCAGAGCCAGAAGGUGUUGAAGGCGGUCUAGAGGUUGGAUCUGGUCAAACUCCUCAAUUGCGGUUGCCUCGUAUUAAGGAGGUUGAGGUCAAUGGAAUUUCUGUUAAAGUUAAGUAUUGUGAUACUUGCAUGCUCUACAGACCUCCUCGAUGCUCUCACUGCUCAAUUUGCAACAACUGUGUAGAGAGGUUUGAUCACCACUGUCCCUGGGUUGGGCAGUGCAUUGGGCUGCGUAAUUAUCGCUUCUUCUUCAUGUUUGUCUUCUCAGCUACGCUACUUUGUAUAUAUGUUUUCGCAUUUUGUUGGGUCUAUAUUAGAAGAAUUAUGAAAGCUGAGGAGACAACAAUUUGGAAGGCAAUGAUCAAAAGUCCAGCCUCCAUAGUCUUAAUAAUCUAUACCUUCAUCUGCAUGUGGUUUGUUGGUGGCCUUACUGCCUUUCAUUUAUAUCUCAUAAGUACAAAUCAGACUACAUACGAGAACUUCAGAUACCGGUAUGAUCGACGGGCCAACCCGUACAACAAAGGAGUGUUCGAUAAUUUCAAAGAGAUUUUCUUCACCAGCAUUCCCCCAUCAAAGAAUAAUUUCAGGGCAAAGGUGCCAGUGGAACCAGUAUUACCCGCUCGAUCAGUGGGUGGCGGCUUUAUGAGUCCAAGUAUGGGAAAAGCUGUUGACGACAUAGAAAUGGGAAGAAAAACAGUAUGGGCGGGUGACAUGGGUAGCAGCAUUGAUCAUUGUGAAGGUCAGUUAAACAAUCGCGGGGCUAUAAAGGAUGGGGAGUUUGACGAACUGUCUCCAGAAAUUAGGACAACAGUAGAUGAGACAAGUGACCGUGUUGGAAUACAUCCUAGGAGAUCUAGCUGGGGAAGAAAAAGCGGAAGCUGGGAUAUGUCCCCUGAAGUUCUUGCUUUGGCAGCUAGGGUUGGAGAACCAAAUCGUGUCGGUGGAAGUAGCAGCAGUUUGAGCACUGAGAACAGACAUUCAUAGCCACUGAAACGAGUGGUUGUGACUCGUGACGCUAAUUUAAAAAUGUUAGAUCUACAGCUAAAUUAAUUGUAUUUUAAGUGUGAGGGGAUUAAAAAGCUCUGCAGGGUGUUUGUUAGUGUAAUUUUUUUAGUCAUUCUGCUUCUAGGAAGGUCUUGAUUUGGUGUUAUGAGAGUGUGAGGUUUCCUUUGCCUGAUGUUGUAUUGCCCUUACUAUUAACUGGCCUUUUCACCCAUUGAAAUAGCUACUGCUUCAUCUUUCUGAGGUAGGAUAUAUUAAUUCUUAAACAAAACAUUCUUGUUUAAUUUAUGUUUUGGAUUCACUUUUUUCUUUA